AUGUCGUCGCGUCAACCUACGCCUGGCCCAUCUCUCAUAAAUCACACUCAAAAGAGGAGGGCAGAGGCGGGGGCAGCCUCGGACACGGAGGCACUCGACGAUACUAGAGAUGCAAAGAAGCUCAAAGUUGAUCCAACCUCGACUAAAGACAAGAGAAAGAAAAGGAGGAGGAAACAAAAAAAGACUUCCGUUGUUGUUAUGAGUCCGAGUCGCACCCGCUCUCCAUCGAGGAGCGUCGCCCCGGUGCCCUCAUGUCCUGCAUCUACCCAGUCGGUCAAUGCACAGGCCACCUUUGCCGUGUCUGACUCGAUGGAGCGCAAUGGCGAUGACCCUGCUCCAACUUCAUUAAACAAAGGAAAGGAAAAGGCAAAAUCACCCACACCGACUCCACAGCCUGACAAUGUGGAGAAAGACCAACCACCAGCUGUGCUUCCAAGAAUCACAUCCAAUUCAGACGCCCAAGAAAUAGCCCGUCUCAAAGAACAGUUGGCCACACAACGACACGUCAGUCUCUUGUCAUCAUCGCUCUAUCCACCUCUUACAACUUUUUCCCCUUUCCAGCUGCUCGAACGCCAUCAAACACACCUUACUCACGUCCAACAAUCUUUGACCUGCCAAAUCUGCUUGGACCUCCUACACAAACCAUACGCGCUCGCUCCAUGCGGGCACAUUACCUGCUAUGGAUGCCUUGUCCGCUGGUUCACGGCCACCCCAGAUCACCCCACCCAGAACCAAAAUCUAGAACCAGCUGCUGCUGCUGCAGCGCCCCCUGAAGCUGGCCAAGAAAACCCAGAACAGGAAGUCACCCACCUUCUUAACGGCCUUCGCCGCAACCAGCAUGUCUACAAACGUAAAACUUGCCCCCUAUGCCGUGCCGUCGUAACCGCUCGUCCAGUCGAAGUAUUUGGCGUAAAAGGCAUGGUCGGUGCCCUAGUCCGGAGCGCGCUCGUCGAUUUGCCUGCACCCUUACCCAUAGCUGGGUCCUCGACUGAUGACAUUGGAAAUGCAAACCCAGCCAACGCUGAUCCGUGGAAAAACAUCUUUCUGGCUGAACAUCGCACUCAUGGACAUGGGUUUAUGGGCCAGGGUGAUUUUUAUGGGCUUCUUGGUGGUCUUGGGGGCAACGCAGCACCCCAAGAAGAACGCGAUCGAGAGGAAGUGGGUUGGUGGGACGAAGAAGACGGGGGUAUUUAUCGGUGUUUGGAUUGUAUGCAUGAGAUUUGGGGUGGGAUUUGUUCGAGAUGUGGGAGGGAGUAUCCUGGGCAUCGAGACGAGGAUGACGAUGACGAUGAUGAAGACGACGAAGAUGGGGAUGGAGACGGUGGGAACUUACGACGACACCGCCGCCGUGCACUUCGCCAACUCUUGUUACGCACCGUGAACGAUAUUGCUCGUGAUGAUGACGAAGAUGAUGAUGAAGAUGGGAUGCACGAGGAGAUGUUGAUGGCGGACAAUGAAGAGUAUCUUGAUCGUCUUGAAGAGAUCGAGGGGUACCGGGACGCCUUGUUUGGUGCUGGUCGGGGUGGUCAGUUCCGUGUUGCUGAUUUGCCGCCUAUUGGCGAAGACGAUGUGAUGUUUGGACGACGUUUGGGGUUGACGGACUCGGAGGGGGAUGAGGAGCGCGAGGAGCCUGGAAAUGAGAAUCAGAAUGGGUGGUUAAUGGAUGAUGGGGAUGAAGGGUGGGCUCCGUUUCAUGGUCCUGGUGUAGGAGGCAUACCUGCUGCACAGAUAAGAGGACUUGGACCUGGGUCUCCGAGGAUCUAUGCCGACUUUACGGAUGAGGAAGACGCGCGUGUCGGAAAUGAUACGGAUGAUGAAGCUGAAGAUGUCACUGACGAGGAUGAUGAUGGGUUUAUUGAUGAUUCGGAGGUUAUUGAUUUGGUUGAUGAGGAGGUUAUGGCUACGCUUGCUAGGUUGAGGGAGACGAGGGGUGAAGCGCGUUCUGGGUUACGGGGUUGGGGAGGAUCGGGAGCUGGAGGGAGCCGUGCAGGAGCUGAGGGAAGCAGGGCAAGCGCACGAGCAGGGGGAAGCACCCGAACCAACACCCGCGCUCAGCCAAUUGUUAUCCUCAGCGAUGAGGAGGAUGAAGAGGAAGAUGAAACUCCCGUCCGAGUACCUCCUACCCGUCGUCGUGCUGCUCGGCGCGUAGAAGCUAGUGAAGACGAGGAGGAGGAGGAAGGGGAGAUAGCGGUGGAGGAUGCGGCUGCUGCGCUGGAUGAAUUGGAUUUUGAUAAUGACGAGGACGAAGAAGAGGAGGAGGAGGAGGACAGGGAAGUGCAGACGAGGAGGAGGAGGGCUGCGCGAGCUGCUGAAAGACGACGUCGAUGAGUUUGUGCUGGUGUGGUAGAUACAAAUGUAGAAUAAGUAGAUGGGAUGACGGUUCGAAGUAUCA